UGCUUCUACAAACAUUUGUGAAAGACUGUGCAAUAAGUCCAUCCGUGAAAUGUCCUUGCUACUAAAUACUCCACAGUCAUCUGUUAGUGGUAUUAUAACAAAGUGGAAGCAACUGGGAAUAACAGCAACUCAGCCACUAAGUGGUGGGCCACAUAAAAUGACAGAGCAGGGUCAGCACAUGCUGAAGUGCACAGUGCGCAAAAGUCGGCAACUGUCUGCAGAGUCAAUCGCUAAAGACCUCCAAACUUCGUGUGGCCUUCAGAUUAGCACAAAAACAGUGACUUGAAAGCUUCAUAGAAUGGGUUUCCAUGGCUGCAUCGAAGCCUUACAUCACCAAGUGCAAUGCAAAGCGUCAGAUGCAGUGGUGUAAAGCAUGCUGCCACUGGACUCUAG